UUGUGUGGGACAAGAAGAGGAGCUGAGAGCAGCCAUGGGCUCUGGAGGAGUGGGCCUCCUGGGGACUAGGUGGCCUCUGCCUCUUCUGCUUCUUUCCGUCAUGGGAGUCAAGGCUCUGGAUUCUCCGCCCCAGAUCCUAGUUCACCCCCAGGACCAGCUACUUCAGGAUCCCGGCCCGGCUAAGAUGAGCUGCAGAGCGUCGGGUCAACCACCUCCCACUAUCCGCUGGCUGCUCAAUGGGCAGCCCCUCAGCAUGGCGACCCCAGACCUACAUUACCUCCUGCCCGAUGGGACUCUCCUGUUACGUCGGCCCCCGGUCCAGGGACGGCCACAAGAUGACCAGAACAUCCUCUCAGCAGUCCUGGGUGUCUACACGUGUGAGGCCAGCAACCGGCUGGGCACAGCAGUGAGCCGGGGUGCUAGGCUGUCUGUGGCUGUCCUCCAGGAAGACUUCCAGAUCCAGCCUCGGGACACAGUGGCUGUGGUGGGCGAUCGCCUGAUUCUUGAGUGUGGGCCUCCCUGGGGCUACCCAAAGCCCUUAGUCUCAUGGUGGAAAGAUGGGAAACCCCUGGUCCUUCAGCCAGGGAGGCACACAGUGACAGGGGAUUCCCUGAUGGUGUCAAGAGCAGAGAAGAACGACUCCGGGACCUAUAUGUGUAUGGCCACCAACAACGCAGGGCAGAGGGAGAGCCGAGCAGCCAGAGUGUCUAUCCAGGAGUCAAGGGACCAUAAGGAACGGCUGGAGCUUCUGGCUGUUCGCAUACAGCUGGAAAAUGUGACGCUGCUGAACCCGGAACCUGUGAGAGGCCCCAAGUCUGCGCCAGAGGUGUGGCUCAGCUGGAAGGUGAGCGGCCCUGCUGCACCUGCUGAGUCAUAUACAGCCCUGUUCAGGGCCCAGAGAGCCCCCAGGAAUGAGGGAUCUCCAUGGACAGAGGUGCUGCUGGGUGGUUUGAAGAGUGCAAAGCUCGGGGGCCUCCACUGGGGCCAAGACUACGAAUUCAAAGUGAGACCGUCCUCUGGCCAGGCUCGAGGCCCUGAUAGCAAUGUGCUGCUCCUGAGGCUGCCGGAACAGGUGCCUAGCGCCCCACCUCAAGAAGUGACCCUAAAACUUGGCAACAGUAGCGUCCUUGUGAGUUGGGCUCCACCACCUACCGAAAACCAUAAUGGCAUCAUCCGUGGCUACCAGGUCUGGAGCCUGGGCAACACCUCGUUGCCAGCUGCCAACUGGACUAUAGUUGGUGAACAGACCCAGCUGGAGAUCGCCACACGAAUGCCAGGCUCCUACUGUGUGCAAGUGGCUGCAGUCACUGGGGCUGGGGCUGGAGAGCCCAGCAACCCCACCUGCCUCCUUUUGGAGCAGGCCAUGGAGCAAUCAGCACGAGACCCCAGGAAACGUGUUCCCUGGAGCCUGGAUCAGCUGAGGGCCACCUUGAGACGACCAGAAGUCAUUGCUAGUGGUGCUGUUCUGCUCUGGUUGCUGCUACUAGGCAUCGCUGUGUGUAUCUACAGACGACGCAAAGCUGGGGUGCACCUGGGACCAGGUCUGUACAGAUACACCAGCGAGGACGCCAUUUUAAAACACAGAAUGGACCACAGUGAAUCCCCAUGGCUGGCGGACACCUGGCGUUCCACUUCUGGCUCCCGGGACCUGAGCAGCAGCAGCAGCCUCAGUAGUCGGCUGGGAGUGGACCCCAGGGACCCACUAGACGGCAGGCGCUCCUUGAUCUCCUGGGACCCCCGGAGCCCCGGUGUGCCCCUGCUUCCAGACACCAGCACUUUUUACGGCUCCCUCAUUGCAGAGCAGCCCUCCAGCCCUCCAGUCCGGCCAAGCCCCCAGACACCAGCUGCUAGGCGCCUUCCACCCAAGUUGGCUGGAACCUCCAGCCCCUGGGCCAGCUCAGAUAGUCUCUGCAGCCACAGGGGACUCUAUUCCCCACGCAUGUCUCUGACCCCUGCAGAGGCUUGGAAGGCCAAAAAGAAGCAGGAGUUGCACCAAGCCAACAGCUCCCCACUGCUCCGGGGCAGCCACCCCAUGGAAAUCUGGGCCUGGGAGCUGGGAAGCAGAACCUCCAAAAACCUUUCCCAAAGCCCAGGCCCAGACUCUCAUUCCCCGAGAGAAGCUCCCCCAGCCAUGGUAGCCUGGCGUGCCCUGAGACCACAGCUUCAACGCAACGCCAAUGAGCUAGCAACUCGUCCACUCCCUCCAACACCCCUCUCUCUUCAUGGAACCCUCAGUCAUGAGCCACAGAACCAGUGUGUGGAGAAGCUCCAAGCUCCCUCCUCUGACCCACGGCCAGCAUCACCUCUCUCCAUCCUUAACUCUUCCAGGCCUCCCAGCCCCCAGGCCUCUUUCCUCUCUGUUCCUAGUCCAGUUUCCAGCAACCUGUCCAGCUCCUCACUGUCAUCCUUAGAGGAGGAGGAUCAGGACAGUGUCCUCACCCCAGAGGAGGUAGCCCUGUGCCUGGAGCUCAGUGAAGGGGAGGAGACACCCAGGAACAGUGUAUCUCCUAUGCCAAGAGCUCCUUCACCGCCAACAACUUAUGGCUAUAUCAGCAUACCAACAUCCUCAGGACUGGUAGACAUGGGCAGAGCCAGUGGAGGGAUGGGGUCUGAGGUUGGGAACUUACUGUGCCCACCUCGACCCUGCCCCACCCCCACGCCCAGUGAGGGCUCCCUGGCCAAUGGUUGGGGCUCAGCUUCUGAGGACAAUAUCCCCAGUGCCAGGGCCAGCCUGGUUAGCUCAUCUGAUGGCUCCUUCCUUGCUGAGGCUCACUUUGCACGUGCCCUGGCAGUGGCUGUCGAUAGCUUUGGUUUUGGUCUGGAGCCUAGAGAAGCUGACUGUGUCUUCACUGAUGCCUCAUCGCCCCCCUCUCCUCGGGAUGAUCUCUCCCUGACCCGAAGCUUCUCUCUGCCUCUGUGGGAGUGGAGGCCAGACUGGUUGGAGGAUGCUGAGAUCAGCCACACCCAGAGGCUGGGGAGGGGAUUGCCUCCCUGGCCUCCUGACUCUAGGCUGCCUUCCCAGCGAAGCUGGCUCAGUGGUGCUGUGCCCAAGGCUGGUGAUUCUUCCUGAAUUGUUCCUGAGAUGGCCAGAAGAGAACCCAGACCACUCUCCUGCCCAUCCCCAGGCCUUCCCACAGGUGGGGUCUUGGUCUAUGCUUCUCUGUAGUAGAAGUCCAAUGUUACUGGGCUCUGGAGAGUUAUGUCACUGGGAUUGUUAAAACAAAUGAAAGUAAACCCAAAUAGAAUAUAGGGAGACUUGGAUUCAAACUGAGAACAAGACAGCAUCUUCAUGAUAUUGGACUCGCUCUUCACAAGCAGGGCCUUUGGCCUAAAUAAGCCUGGCUCCUGAUCUCCCACCAAUGUGGCUGAUGGGAAGAAAGGAGGCCAACAGUGUCUUAAUGGAAGACAGAAAUGGCUGUUGGAGAGGGUUAUGGUGGAGGACACUUAGAGGAUCCCUCUCAUUUCCACCUGGACUCCUCUCUUAGAGGCCAGCUCAGCCCUUUCCCCAGCAACACUGUGCAAGGAAAAUAAAGGAGGAAGAUCAUGAAUGUAGUAAUCCCUAUCUAGUGUCACAGUCAACGCUUCAAAAUUAAGUCAAUGGAGGAGGCAAAGAAGAAGAAGAAGAAGAAGAAGAAGAAGAAGAAGAA